AAGAUCGCGACCAUCAAUAGCGAAAAAUGAAAAGUCUGAGGAGGUCCUUAAAUAAAGACAAAGCGUCUAAUCAGUCCAGCCCAGCGACCUCACCAAAGAUUAGCGUCCUUCAACCACCUCAGCUCGUCAUAAAAGCACUCGAUUCAUAUAAAGCACAGAAGUCCGGUGAAUUGAGUUUCGAUGCCGGUGUUUUCUACCACGUACCAGAUUUAGGCAAAGGCGGCGAUCUUUACUACGAAGCACACGACCCUCUCAAAGGCACUAGAGGUCUCGUACCACGUAGUUUAUUUGAACCAUUGAGAAAAGGCGGUAUAGGUACAAGACAAUCCGGCGUACCUUCUCCUGUAUCCCCGACGGGCAAAUCGUCCACUCAGUACGCCGUCGUACAGUUUGAUUUCAUUGCUGAGAGACCAGAUGAGUUGUCAGCCAGAGCUGGUGAACCUAUUAUCGUUAUCGCACAAUCAAACCACGAAUGGUUUGUCGCUAAACCAAUUAUGAGGUUGGGUGGACCAGGUCUCAUACCCGUCGCGUUUGUCGAAAUACGCGACCAAAAGAGUAACCAAGCUUUAGAUACAUACACUAUCGUUAGAUCUGGUAUUAUUCCAAAAGUUGAAGAUUGGAAGAGACAAGCUGCAGACUACAAGAAAGCUUCUAUACCACUCGGAAAAUUCGAAUUCGAUCAACAGCCAGAAGACGACAAGGAGAAAGAGAAUCACGCUCCUGAUGGUCAGCCUCAACAGGCCGAACCAGUUCAACAAGCACAACGUACUAGCAACAAUAGCAACAAUAGCAACAACAGUAACAUCAGUAAUAACAAAACAAACAGCGUCCAGGAACCUAUCAAAGAGGAGGCCCCAAUUCUGCACUCUACUUACAUAGCCAGGAUUGUAGAAGCUAACGUGGUAUCGCACUACCAUGAGAAUGAAGUCACUUGGUUCCAGUUAGAUGUCACUUUAUUAGACACAAAAUCGAAAACUAGUUCGCUCGUUUUGUUCAGAUUAUACGAGGACUUUUAUGACUUCCAAAUUAGAUUAUUGGAUGCCUUCCCUGUCGAAGCCGGUAGAAGAACCUCAGGUGAUGGCACAGCUACACCUAGAAUACUGCCUUAUUUGCCAGGACCGAUUGAACCACAAGACUUAAAUGAGAGUUCUAUAUUUAGAAGAAGAUUAGAGUUGAAUCAAUAUAUAAACGAGCUGUCACAACUUCCAGAACGUAUCCUCUCAUGUGAUCUCAUGAAUGAGUUCUUGGAUGUCAGACCGGGUGACAGAGAUGUAACCAACUUACAACCGGAGGUUGUACAACCGCCAGGCGAAUCAUUACAUUCCUCUACAUCGAGUAUAUCAAUCAAUGGAGGUUUAGUUGAAAGUAUGAGUUACCUUUCAGUGAACAAUGAACUUCCAACGUCAAAUUCAGUCGAUAGUUCAAUGUCGGGACUACCAAAGGUUGCUUCAGAGUCAACGUUAUCGACUGCAUCAAAUAGUAUGAUGAAAGUUAAAGUAUUGCAUCAACCAACUGGUGAUUUGAUAGCCUUGCGGAUAUCACCAUCAGAGAUAAAAUUACAAGCAUUGAUUGAGAAAAUAAAAGAAAGAAUUGGUUCAGAUGUACAACACUUAUGGUCUAAUGAGGAUAACGUUGCUGAUAGGAAGGAAAUAUCAACAGACGAACAACUCCAAGAAUGGGUGAACAGCGGUGUAAAACUGAGCUUAGUAGCCAGCUGAACAAUUUCAUUAUACUCUUUUUUGUAUAGAAUAUAUAUCUGUAAUUAAGUUUCUUAAAUUGAAACAAC